AAGAAGCUACGAAGUCUCUUCCCUCUCUCUUGGUUCGACAAAACUCUCCACAAGAACUCAUCACCGUCUCCGUCAACGAUGUUACCUUCUCCGUCAUCGUCUUCUGCGCCGACUAAAAGAAUAGAUCCGUCCGAGCUCAAACGCGUUUUCCAGAUGUUCGACAAGAACGGUGACGGUCGAAUCACAAAGGAAGAGCUCAACGACUCACUAGAGAAUCUAGGAAUCUACAUACCAGACAAAGAUCUGACUCAAAUGAUCCAUAAGAUCGAUGCUAACGGUGAUGGAUGCGUCGACAUAGACGAGUUCGAGUCGCUGUACAGCUCGAUUGUGGAUGAGCAUCACAACGAUGGCGAAACAGAGGAAGAGGAUAUGAAAGACGCGUUUAACGUGUUUGACCAAGACGGAGAUGGGUUUAUCACUGUGGAGGAGUUGAAAUCUGUGAUGGCUUCCUUGGGACUCAAGCAAGGGAAAACCCUAGAUGGUUGCAAGAAGAUGAUUAUGCAAGUUGAUGCAGAUGGUGAUGGUAGAGUCAAUUACAAAGAGUUCCUUCAGAUGAUGAAAGGUGGUGGCUUUAGCAGCAGUAAUUGAUCUUUAACUAGGGUUUGAUUUGACAGAAGAGAAGUGUGUUUAUUCGAUUGAUUGGUUUGUUUUUCUUGUUUUUUCCUCUGUAAAUAAAUUUUCUGAUGACGAAUCAAAACAUCGUGUAAUCGAAGAAGGUGUGUAAUCUUUGUUUUUCUUAGGGCUCUCUUGUCUUAUGUAAGAUUCACCUUCUCAUCUCUUAUGGUUGUUAAGUGUUCUUAAAUAGAUUGUUAACUGUUUC